UUUUCCCACAAUGCUGCGCGGUAGGGGCUGUCGUGUGUGCGCUAUCUGUGGUGCUGAAGCUGCGCGUGCCUCUGAGGUUGCUACCAUACAAAUCCACCCGAGCAUCCUUCCGCGAGAGUUCCAGCAGCGAGGGAUGGUUUGUGGUCGACGCUCGGAGAGAUUCAGCAUGUUUCUGCCAGCUCUGGUGAUGUAAUGCGUCGUUUUUCUGUAUCUGCUGACGUUCUCCUGGGUUAUUUCUCGUUUUUUUCUGUAAGUGCUGCACACGGGAGACGCGCCUGAAAGCCCAUUUUUUCCCUCGGCUCGUCGUGUCUCCGGUGCCGCCGCCUGCCCAGCCUCCUUCGCCGCUCCGUCCUGCAUCCUUUAUGCACAGCACGCUGCUCCGGUCCUCCCCAACAAAGCACACCUUCGUGUCCGAGCACCAUGGCCCGCUCCAGUCGCUUUCACUGAGAGACAUGGAAGCCAAACAGCACCAGAUAAAGAGCCUGAAAAGCUACCCGGAGACCGGCGGUCGGAGCCUGGCAGCGGCCGCCGGAGUAGACGGAGGGGGGUAUCGAGCCGGCUCAGCUGAAAUGGAGAUGGACUCGAAGAUCCAGAAAGCCAUCGAGUUCAAGGCGGAGGGCCAUCGCUGCUACAAGGAGAAGAAGUUCCGGGAAGCGAUAGGCAAGUAUCACCGGGCGCUGCUGCAGCUCAAAGGGGUUCAUGUCGUGGACGGCACUACGGGCUCCGAGGUCAACCUGCUCAGCCAAGCCGCGGCCAAGCUGACCGAGGAGCAGCGGAGAGCCGUGGAGAGCACCGAGAUCGAGUGCUACGACAGCCUGACAGCUUGUCUGUUGCAGUCCGAGCUGGUAAACUAUGAGAGAGUGAAGGAGUACUGUCUGAAGGUCCUGAGCCACCAGAGAGACCACUUCAAGGCCAUGUACCGAGCCGGCAUCGCCUUCUAUCACCUGGGUGAUUACGAAUGUGCCCUACGCUACCUGCGUGACGCCAAAAACCGCGAACCCACAGACACCAACGUGCUCCGAUACAUCCAGCUGACAGAGAUGAAGAUGAGCAAGAGUGGACAACGGGAACGAGAGAGCGGCAAGGAGACCCAGGGCUAACCUUCGACCUUUCCCCCCUCCUGAACCCUCUGACCUUUCAUCCUAAAAGUUGUACCUCCCACUCUCCACUUCCUCCUCCUCCCCUGUUGACUCCUCCUGACGGCAACACAGACAGAAGAGACGCAAUCACCUGCCUGUUACGGACAAACACAUAUCAAGCGCUGUCUGCGACCCACCCUCUUCCUUCUUCCUCUCCCUCUUCUUCUCCCUCUUUCUCCCUCAGGUGCUGUGGUUCCUCUCCCUCGACGCAGUCAGCAAGGAAACUUAAAAAAACAAAAAAGAAAAAUCAUCAAAAUACAUGGAAGAAGCUGUAAUAUAUACUCAUACAAACCCAUCAUUGUGGUGGAGUCAAAACGGAGCUUCAGCCCAUACACAUGACAGAUAGACAUCUGCGUGAUUCAGCACAUGUUUAAAAAACAUGAAAAGCAUUUUGUUUCUGCUCUCUCGCGCUCUCUUUUUCUCUCCGUUUUAUUCUGAACUCUCGAGGAGAAUUUGGGGGAUCUCGGGAAGCUCGACCGCACCGGGAGGAAGGGCAGGGAUGCGUGUGGAAGUGUGUGAAACAGGUUUGGAGAAUAAAAAUGGGUGCGGUGAGGGGGUGUAUGUGUGUGUGAGACACAUGUCAAGACCACAUCCCAAUUUGAUUGUACAUCCUAACCCACCAGGUCUCACUCAGGCCACUUACCCAGACUAUGAGAUGGACUAAUAUAACGCGUAGAAAAAAAAAAAGCCUGCCUCCGUGCUUAAUCUAUCACCUUUCUGUCUGGAUUUUUCUUUCCUAGAUCCCAUCUAUCUCAGUUUCUUGACUGUUUUUUGAAUUUAAGGGCUAAUUCAAGUGUUUAUAACCCCGUAUUAGGGUUUUUUAAUUUGCUGUCAUACUCAGUAGUGAAUAAUCGGUGGUUAAUAGCAUCUGUGUGUGCAGCAAAGAGCCUAAAUUCUCCAAGCGGUUCAUUCCGUUGCCUGAUGUGCUUUCGUGCAAACUGGUGUGUCUUGAAUCUGUUGUCCGAAGCCCCUCCUGGGUUGUGUAUCGUGUUACUGUUGUUGAGACUGUCGAAGCCCCUCCUUCGCUCCCUUGCUCUUUCUCAUCAAUUCCACCAUCCUCUGUUCUCCUGUUAAUGAUGUCACAACGGAAAAUAGCCAGUGAGAUCAGACUUCCAUCAGCUGCCGCUGGCUAGAUGGAGAUCCACGAGAAAGUUUUGCAGAGAGAGAGAGAGAGACACUUUUAUCCUUUUAUCACUAAUGCUGAGGCUUCCCAGACAUCCAUAAACCACCACAGAGACUCUGGGCAGCGUUAGUGCAGGGAAAAUGCACACACACACACACACACAUACACACAUCUGGCCUGAUGGUGCAGACUGCCGUCUUGGAGCACUUCACCUAGAGUGAGUCAUUUGAGAUUUCUCCUGCUUACAGUUUACUGUAUGUUGAUAGAUUAAAACACCUGUGCCGGGCAGAUAACACACAACAUUACCAGUGCAGACGAUCUGGUUUGUGGAUAUCCAUUACAAGCUGUCAAACGCUGCUUAUCUUGUGACGUGUGAAGCUGAAUCAUUGAUAUGUGGCUUUUUAUAAUAGCUUUACCACAGGUUUAAAUCUGCCUGCUCUGUUCUGCAGAAGGCUGGAUUGAUCAUUUGUGAGAGCAUGACCUAAAAUAUCCCGUGAAAACCCAGUUUCCUCCUUAUCAUGUGCAAGCCCACCUCCUGCAUGUAACAUGCGGCUCCCGAGCGUUGCUUCAGAUGUUUUGGGAUUGGGAUUAUAUCUGCUCUAUUGCUUUCUGUCAUGGCAUGCUGCCACUCAACUGUUUGCCUAUACCUCUGUUUUAUCCAUUCUGCCCUUUAUAAAUACAGAAGGUGGCGACAGACUGUGAUCACAGCAGUAGAAUAGGUAUGAAAUACUUCUUAAAAAUUAGGGUCACCUUCUGCCUCGACUAAAACGACUGAUUAGUCCACUGCUUAAGAGGCUGAGGAGGAAAUCAAGUCAAAUAACGGCGUUGGGAGAGGUCCCCCCCCACUUCCCCGUUUAUUUCAUUGACCUGCUAUGAGGUAAAUUGGGACCUAAGUGUGUCAAUGGGACUCUGGAGAGACGGCACCACGCGUUGGAGAGACCGGCGUGAUACCGAGAGGCUCCAGUGGAGGGAGAAGUAGGCCAUCAUCAGCCCCACUAAAGCAGCUGCACCUCUAAAUUGGCAGCAAAAAGCAAGUUUUGAGCUGAUUUAUCAUCAUACACUGCACUUAGAAAAAGUGUGUGGACACCUGAGCAUUAAUCUGCAGCCUGAGUUUGCUCCCAUUCAGCCACAUGAUCAUUAAUGAUGUUGGGCGACGACAAGGCCUGGCUCACAGCCGGCGAGGCGUUGGAUGAAAGCGAGGUCUCGGUCUGCGUUGUUGUGCAAGCUGUAGAAUAAGAAAUGUAGCAGCAGCAUGCACCAGAUCUUGAAAAAGCAAAUCAGAUGUGCACAAUAUAAACCUCUCUGAGGAACGGAGGCAAAAGUGAUCACAUAAGCAUAAACAUGGCUGUGGCUCAGGACGUAGAACAGGUCAUCUGCUAAUUAAAAAAUUAGUGGUUCAGUCCCUGCUUACUCCAGUCGGCACAGCAAAUCCCAAGUUGCUCUCUAGUCCGCACAUCAGCGUGUGAAUGUCACAUAGAAAGCACAUAGACACAAAGGUGAGCGGAUGAAUCCAAGUAUUGAUACCAGUGCUGUUAUUAGUAUAGGAUCGAUACUUUGUUUCUAUCCUUUUCAGUAAAUAGCCUAACAAAUUGUGUUAAAAUAAUUAUUUUUGGGAGAUUAAAACACACCUUAAACAUGCACUAUAAAAAAUGUCUGAACCUUUUCAUGCUGACUAUCACAUCUUUUAUUUACGGCCUGAAGCACAUUUAAACAACAGAAGUUGAACCAAAGUGCUUUAGAGACGAGCACAUUUACAUUCCAGCUCUCCAACAAACCCAGUUUCAAAAUAUUUAAUUUGCAAAUUGACGAUGAUCCAUCUCAUAAAUCACAACACACUGCUUUAGCCCAAAUAAGCUGCCUUUAUAGGUUAAAACUAUCGAUAUCAGUAUUGGUAUCUGCAAUACUGGCCCUGUAUUUACUUGGUAUCGGAUCGAUACCAGAAUUUGCAGCAGAGCACAGCACUACUUCGACAUAAGAAAAAAAAAGUGUGCAGGAUUUAUGCCAAAAUUAUAAGAACUAUAAACAUUUACAUGCAAGGCUGUCCACAUAUUUUUGUCCACACAUUGUGGGAAAUUGUCUGAUUAAGCAAAAGGUUCUGUUUAAGACUCCAUCUCUGAAUUAGUGCCACGAUCAGCAACGCUGCUGCAAACCCCGAUUGAAACAUGUGAAUUGUAUUGGUGUCGUGCAGCUCUGGGGUUAAUUAGGAUGAAAACACUGAAUGCAGAAGCUUUCCUUGCUCCUCCUUUAUGCUCUCUCUUGGAGAUAAAUCACCACAACAGCAAGGAAUGGCACCUGCAGGCGCCAUCUCCAUAACUACCUUGGCCGAGUCCCUUCACCCAGGGGCCCCCUCGAGGAUAGGUCUCCUCCCGUGGUCCGCUCUCCACGGCACCAGCCCCCACCCCUCCAUCUUGUUUUUGUCUUGCAGUGCUAAGUCAUUCUUGCUCAACUUGUACUACUGUACUACGACCGUCUAGGGAUUCCUAGCUGCACAUAAAACAGGAUUGUUUCUAGCUGAUUGGUUUCCUUGAUUAAUGACCAAGCUGACUCGGAGGCUGUUAUCGUAAGCAUAACCUGACAACAUGCUGUCUGUGCAAAUGGAGACGGAGACGCCGGAUCUCUGUGUCUGUGUAGCUUUGAAAACAAACAAAAAGCACAACAAAAAAGAGAGAUGGAAAAGUUAAAAAAAAUACUGGCUGUGUUACUUUAUUUUGGCUAUUUUUACUUUGAUGUCAUUUAAGGUAAAUGUUUGUCAAAUGUCAAAGUAGUUUUUGUGAAUAUAUGAUACAAAUGUACAAAAAAAAAGAAAAAUGGAAAGUUUUAUGGUUGUGAAAAGCUUUACUUCACUAAAUUACUUUAUCAGCGGAAAAGAAAAGCAAGAGAUAGAAAAGAGAAUUUAACUACAGCUCCUUCACAGAGCUGCUUUGUGACUGUGUCUGUAUUUGUUGGUAUUUCUGUUGAUGUCCUUCACGUCGAGGGAUACAGAAACGGCUCGGAGUAUGUGCAACGCCCUUUGACCCCCUCGUCCGACUGACGGUUCACCCAACUAUUCUCUUUCUGAACAGCGAGACGAGCAGUAAACACAGGAGCGGAUGACACUCUGAGGAACUUGGACCAGAGCUGCUCCUCACAGCUGCAGGCCUCCAUCCUACCUGACGGACACAAAGCUGGGGUGUCAAGGCUAAAACUGUGUUUUUGUCUCUCCUCGCUGCCAAGAGGCCUUUCUCUUUUUCCCCUUUCAACUUUCAGACAUCCAACAGGCCUCCAUCACUGGUUUUACUGAACUGCUAGCCUGGGAAUGCACUAUUGAUUGGUAAAUGAAGAUUAUGAAUAAAGUUUCAAACAAAGAGGAA